UAAUCCUCAGAUCUUCACGCACACUGCAACAAUGGGUGACGCAGGAUUCUUCAAGGGCACAAGCGCCGACCAAGACAGUCGAUUCGGCGACAAGCAAAAAAAGCUGCUGAAAUCCCUGAAGUUUCCCAAAAUCUUCGAGGAGAAGGUAGACAUCAAAAAGGUCAAUUUGGAUGUGCUGCGGCCAUGGGUGACUUCGAAGGUGGUGGAGUUGGUAGGGUUUGAGGAUGAUGUGCUGGUGGAGUUUGUUUUCAAUCUUCUUGAAGCAAAGAAACCGGAUCCGAGGACGAUGCAAAUAGAGCUGUCCGGCUUUUUGGAAAAGAAUGCGCCAAAGUUCAUGGAAGAACUGUGGGGGUUACUGGUCAGCGCGCAAAACAGUAUAGGGGGGAUACCGCAGCUGUUUUUGGACCAAAAGAAGGAGGAGAUCAUGAAGAAGAGGCAGGAGGAGGAGGAGAUACGAGCUCAACUCGGAAAAUUGCGUGAGAAGGAGGCUGCCGAGCGGAAGAACGCACCGCCAGCCUCGUCGCGCAUUGGCGAGGCUCCUGCGCGGCGACCAGAGUACGGAAACCGUUACCAAAGUGGAGAGAUGGACCGGGAUCGCGACCGGCGGCGUGAUUCGUAUAGAGACCGGAGCAGGAGCCGGUCCCGAAGCCGAGAUGCAUACAGGCGACGCGAUGACCGCCAUCGAUACGACUACAGAUCUGACGACCGACGAGGAGGAUAUCGUGAUCGGGAGCGCGAACACGACCGGUACAGAGAUGAUACUUGGGAGAGGGAUCGGGACCGCGACCGCAGGAGAGAUGGCGGCGACCGUUACCGAGACGAUGACAGACGUAGGGGCCGAGACGGCGAUCGGCACAGAGACGGGGACCGGGAGAGGCGGUAUGACAGCGAUACGACCCACGAUGAAUUUGGGCGAACACGGGACAGUCGCCGCCGCUCGCGAGAUGACCGUGCAGACUCUGAUCGCAAGCGAGAUGAUGGGCGGACAAACGACCGUCGUGCAUCUCGCGACGAGCGAAAGCGCGGUCGUAGUCCCAGUCAUAGUCGUAGCCGCAGCCGCAGCGUAAGCAAAGACGUAGCGCGCGACCGGAAACCCCGCGACACUGCUCCCGAAAACGGAACCCACAACCGUGCCUCGGUCUCCCCGCGCCGUGAAAAGCCCUCCGCAUCAAAAGACACAAAGGAACCCGACCGCCGACGACACCGCUCCACCAGCCGCGACUCACGCAAGCCAGCAGACGACACGCAUUCCGACACGGGCUCCGAAUCCGGGUCUGGCUCUGGCUCUGGCUCUGAGUCUGGAUCGGAGUCGGGCUCAGCCUCCUCGCGCUCACGCUCACGCUCACGGUCCGCUAGCCGGUCCCCAUCUCGCUCGCCGUCCCGGUCACCCUCCCCGAAACGCCGUCGGCGUAGGCAGAGUCCUAGUCCGUCGCCUGUCCGUGGAGGCCUGGCGAAGGGCGAUGAGGGGCGGAAGGAUGGCGGGAAGAAUGGGAAGCGGGAAUCGAGGUAUAGGAAUGACGCGGAUGACAAAAAACCGGUGUCAGAUAAGAAGCUGGCGGAGAGGGCGGAUGGUGAUGAUGAGGAGAGUAGGGCGAAGAGGGUUAAGCGAUGAAUCUCAGUGGUAUGCAUACCGCUCCAUGUGGUGGUUUUGUCGAUAUGUAUCUAGCUGGCGUUCACUUGUCAUUCAGCAAUGGCAUGAAUAUGUAUGCAAUGGCGAGAAUCAUAUUUGAUGUUCGAAAUUGUACAAAACAGGAAAGCGGGAUAACUAUGGGGACGCUCGGACGUCGGGAUGUAUUCGUAAUCCCUACUCCUCCGUCUAUGGGAAUAUCUAACGAGUGGGCAAACCUUUUUAAUGUGGGCUAGAAGACAAGUCCAGCCGUGGAUUAAAGGGCCGGGAAUGGCCGUCG